UCCGUUAUUCGGUGGGAGGCCUCCGUGUCUCGAUCUGACACCGAGCAGACGGGCCCCGAGGCGGGAGCCACUCGGCAGGGUCCCCUCUUCCUCCCUGGGGACCCGUGGACGUGUUUUUCAGUUCCUGUGCUAAGUAUCACCUUGAGUUUGCCGAGGGAGCGCGGCAAACAGCGCGCAGAGCUAAAGGGGACCUGCAGGUGUUCCUCAUCAAUUCUGGAGCUCUUGUGUCUCCGAUCAGAAGCAUGAAGGGCUCUCUGGGAAGGCCCACUUGGAAGAGCAGGAUAGGAGGCACUGUAGGGCGGAGGCCACCGGUUUGGGAAUCAGGGGUGUCGCUCCAAACAGCGUCAAUGCAACAGACAAAUUAUUCGCCUCAGAAGCGGAGUUCCGAGUUCGAGGUGGGAACUUCAGGCAUCACCUGCCCUGGGGCCGCAAAUAGUGACAUCUGGCCUCUCGCGGCACCUCUGAGUCCUGCCUGUCUCUGUUUCGAUUCCCCCUCCUGGUGCCCUCAAGACUGCCGGAGCGCCGGCUCCGCCUUCAACUCCACUUUGUUCCAAAAAAAUGUCACGGGACCGCGUCCAAGUCACGUGCCCAUCCACGAGCCAACAACGGUGGCCGGCGCGGCGUGGCUUCCUCUGAUUGGCCAGACCUGGGCCACGCGGCCUCCCCUGGAGCCAGUAAGAGAGAGUGGCCGCAGCAAGCGGGCUGGGACCCUGAGAGCGGAUUUGGAGCUGGGCUGGUGGAACCCGGGGCGGUCCCUGAGCUUCUUUCUGUCCCCGUGCUGGUGGGGGUCCAUGGCGCAGAAGGUGCUGGCGGGGAGAAGCGUGUCACCCAGAGAUCUGCAGGCCCUGGCAGACGGCGGGCCACAGUGACGUGCCAGCUGCGUGCACCUCCGAAUCAAAGACCCAGCAGGUUCCUCGCGUGGGGGCAGAUGUCCUGUAUCGAUGUGCCACUUUGCCACUUGGAGCCCCCGGCCUGGAAACGCGGAAGCCUGGCCGCUCGCAGAUCGCCAAGCCCAGGCCUCCGAGUCAGAAAUGUUGAUUUGUUUCAGUAACGUGAGCAUGGGGGAGGGUGGGGCGGAAGAGAGGAAAGUGAGCAAGAGAGACAGUGAGUCAAAAACCAUGAAGCUGACUGAGGCAGAGACUGGGAGAGACAGACACACUCAGCAGGAGAACCACCGAGAAAGCACAAACAACACAGAGAGGCUAAUAAUUACUAAGGGAUGGAGCCCGAGAUGGAAGGACACAAAUUAAGAGCAGGGAAGAGACACGGAGAGAGAAAACCAGACCGAAGAGAGCCAGGUGGAUUGAGAUUAGCAAACAAUAAAAAUAAAAAUAAA